GAUGAUUUCUUAAGGGAAUUUUAUCGAACACUUGGUGGGCUAAUAACAUGAAACAACAAUGGCAGUUCGUGAUCCUCUGCUUGCUCGUCUUGUUUCUAACGGUAGACGCCCGUGGCAGACGGCUACUCAGCGACGACGUUAGCGACGCAGCUCUGUUAACGGUGUUCAAGCAAAUCUCCGUUAAGUCUGAUCCUAACAACUUUCUGGGUAACUGGAAAUACGGGUCGGGUCGUGACCCAUGUUCUUGGCGAGGCGUCUCUUGUUCUAGCGAUGGUAGAGUCAUUGGACUUGAUCUACGAAACGGUGGUCUUACCGGAACCCUAAAUCUCAAUAAUCUCACAGCGUUGUCGAAUCUCCGGAAUCUUUCUUUGCAAGGAAACAACUUCUCCUCCGGAGACUCCUCUGGUUCUUCUUCUUCUUCAGGAUGUUCUCUCGAGGCUCUGGAUAUAUCUUCAAACUCGAUUACGGACUCUUCAAUGGUGGAAUACGUUUUCUCUAGCUGUUUGAAUCUGGUUUCUGUUAAUUUCUCGCACAACAAGCUCGCCGGAAAAUUGAAGUCUUCUCCGUCGACGAGUAACAAGAGAAUCACCACCGUUGAUCUCUCCAACAAUCGCUUCUCCGAUGAGAUACCGGAGACUUUCAUCGCGAAUUUCCCGACGUCUCUGAAACACCUCGAUUUAUCCGGGAACAAUUUCACCGGCGACUUCUCUCGUCUCAGUUUUGGUCUCUGUGGGAACCUCACCGUAUUCAGCUUAUCACAGAACAGCAUCUCCGGCGACAGAUUUCCUGUUAGUCUCUUAAAUUGUAAGCUCCUCGAAACGCUAAACCUCUCUCGGAACAGUCUCACCGGAAAAAUCCCCGGAGAUGAAUAUUGGGGGAAUUUUCAGAACCUGAAGCAGCUCUCUCUCGCACACAACCUUUACUCCGGUGAGAUUCCACCGGAGCUUUCUCUGCUUUGCCGUACUCUAGAGGUCCUCGAUCUUUCCGGGAACAGUCUCACCGGUCAGCUUCCGCAAUCAUUCACCUCCUGUGGCUCAUUACAAAGCCUAAAUCUUGGAAACAACAAGCUCUCCGGCGAUUUCUUAAGCACCGUCGUGAGUAAACUCUCUAGAAUCACUAAUCUUUACUUACCCUUCAACAACAUCUCCGGUUCUGUUCCGAUAUCACUCACCAACUGUACUAAUCUCCGAGUUCUUGAUCUGAGCUCAAACGAGUUCACUGGAGAAGUACCAUCUGGCUUCUGCUCUCUUCAAAGGUCUUCGGUUCUGGAAAAGUUUCUUAUUGCCAACAAUUACCUCUCAGGAACUGUUCCUGUUGAGCUUGGUAAAUGUAAGAGCUUGAAGACAAUUGAUCUUAGCUUCAAUGCUCUUACUGGUCCAAUUCCGAAGGAGAUAUGGACAUUGCCGAAUCUCUCUGAUUUAGUUAUGUGGGCGAACAAUCUCACCGGUGGAAUUCCGGAGAGCAUUUGUGUUGAUGGAGGAAACUUGGAAACGUUAAUCUUAAACAACAAUCUCUUAACCGGUUCUCUUCCAGAAUCAAUCUCCAAAUGCACCAACAUGCUUUGGAUCUCCCUUUCUAGUAACCUUCUUACCGGCGAAAUCCCGGUAGGAAUCGGAAAGCUUGAGAAGUUAGCGAUUCUGCAACUUGGGAACAAUUCUUUGACUGGGAACAUUCCACGUGAGCUUGGAAACUGCAAGAACCUUAUCUGGCUUGAUCUUAACAGCAAUAAUCUAACUGGGAAUCUCCCAGGUGAACUUGCAAGUCAGGCCGGACUGGUAAUGCCCGGAAGUGUCUCUGGUAAACAGUUUGCGUUUGUGAGGAAUGAAGGUGGGACGGAUUGCAGAGGUGCAGGGGGUUUGGUUGAGUUUGAAGGCAUUCGUGCAGAGCGGUUAGAGCAUUUUCCGAUGGUUCAUUCAUGUCCCAAGACUCGGAUAUACUCAGGCAUGACCAUGUACAUGUUCUCCGGGAACGGGAGCAUGAUCUACUUGGACCUCUCCUACAAUGCGGUUUCAGGUUCUAUUCCUUUGGGUUAUGGUGCAAUGGGAUACCUUCAGGUCUUGAAUUUGGGACAUAACCUGUUAACUGGGACCAUACCGGAUAGCUUCGGAGGAUUGAAAGCAAUUGGAGUUCUUGAUCUAUCUCACAACGAUCUCCAAGGAUUCUUACCUGGAUCACUAGGAGGACUCUCUUUUCUAAGCGACUUAGACGUCUCUAACAACAAUCUAACCGGACCAAUCCCAUUCGGAGGCCAACUUACGACGUUCCCAGUCACAAGAUACGCCAACAACUCUGGCCUCUGCGGGGUUCCUCUGCCACCUUGUAGCUCUGGAUCCCGGCCCACGGGAUCUCAUGCUCACCCUAAGAAACAGAGCAUUGCGACUGGGAUGAUCACUGGGAUUGUGUUUUCAUUCAUGUGUAUUGUGAUGCUUAUUAUGGCGCUUUACAGAGUAAGGAAGGUUCAGAAGAAGGAAAAACGGAGAGAGAAGUACAUUGAGAGCCUUCCGACCUCCGGUAGCAGCAGCUGGAAGCUCUCUAGUGUUCAUGAACCGUUGAGCAUCAAUGUCGCAACCUUUGAGAAGCCGCUGCGAAAACUUACUUUCGCACACCUUUUAGAAGCCACAAAUGGCUUUAGCGCUGAUAGUAUGAUUGGAUCAGGCGGGUUUGGAGAUGUCUACAAGGCUCAACUCGCUGAUGGAUCUGUUGUAGCGAUCAAGAAGCUGAUUCAAGUCACGGGACAAGGUGAUAGAGAGUUCAUGGCAGAGAUGGAAACGAUUGGAAAAAUCAAACAUCGAAAUUUGGUACCUCUUCUUGGAUAUUGCAAGAUUGGUGAAGAGAGACUUCUUGUCUACGAGUACAUGAAAUACGGAAGCUUAGAGACCGUUCUACACGAAAAGACCAAGAAGGGUGGAAUCUUUCUUGAUUGGUCAGCGAGGAAGAAGAUUGCAAUUGGAGCUGCGCGUGGGCUAGCUUUCCUGCACCAUAGCUGCAUUCCUCAUAUAAUCCACAGAGACAUGAAGUCAAGCAACGUUCUUCUAGACCAAGAUUUUGUAGCCCGUGUCUCAGAUUUUGGUAUGGCAAGGCUGGUAAGCGCUCUGGACACACACUUGAGUGUUAGCACGCUCGCUGGUACUCCCGGAUAUGUUCCACCAGAGUAUUACCAGAGUUUCCGGUGCACUGCAAAAGGAGAUGUGUACAGCUACGGAGUUAUACUUCUGGAGCUUCUCUCAGGCAAGAAACCGAUCGAUCCAGAGGAGUUUGGUGAAGACAACAACCUUGUGGGAUGGGCUAAACAACUCUACAGGGAGAAUAGAGGAGCCGAGAUUCUUGACUCAGAGUUAGUAACAGACAAAUCUGGCGAUGUUGAGCUACUUCAUUACUUGAAGAUUGCGUCUCAAUGUUUGGACGAUCGGCCGUUUAAAAGGCCAACUAUGAUUCAAGUCAUGACGAUGUUCAAAGAGCUAGUUCAGGUCGAUACAGAGAACGAUAGUCUGGAUGAGUUUUCGCUCAAGGAAACGCCCUUGGUCGAAGAAUCACGAGACAAGGAGCCUUAAGAAGAUGAGAGAUUGUGGAAUUCAGGAAGAUUUGAGUUUUGUUAUUUUCUUCCUAUUUUUGUUGUUAGUGACUCAGUGUAUAUAACAGUAAAAUGGAAUGACAGACGCCGACACUGAAGGUUUUUUUACUAUAGAGAAAUACUUCGUUGUAAAGUUUUUGUACCUUUGUUUCAUUUUGUUAACAAAUUAAUCUUAUCGUA